AUGCGCUGUCGCGCUCCUUCUUCUUCCUCUUCCUCUUCUUCUUCUUCUUCGUCUUCGUUGUAUUUGAUUCUGUCCUGUACUUCAACUCUUUCUAGCUUCUUCCUUGUGCUCCUUCAACGUCUCUCUUCUAUACCAGAAGCCCCUUCCCGUUCGAACAUUUAUCAUUGGCCACGAUGUUCACAGAUGGCCUUGAUGAAACUGCAAUUGACUGGAUAAAAAAGGGGAGGGAUAAACCGGUGGAAGAUGAAGCUCGAAUUCGAUCUCCUCUUGCUGAGAGAACCGGCGCCGAUCUAUUUCCAAAAUCUCCUUUGGCGUUUAAUGGCAGUGGAUUCAUGUCUUCUCACGUUUUGCCUCCUUUGAAAUUCCGUUCUGGAUUGCUUACUCCUCAUAGUUUGGCUUCUCCUUGCCUGGAUGACGACGACGACGAUGAUGGAGAUUAUGAUGUUAAUGAAAGUAUUGCUUCGGUUCCGUUUGAAGAUGGUGGAGCUUAUUCUGAUGAUGAUGGUAUGCGAUUUCAUGAUUCGGAUUUCUUGGAGAAGCCAGUUGUUGAGGGUUUUGAUGAAGAUGCAUUUGGCUACCAUUCUAGCGUAUAUUCCGGUGAGAUUAAAGUGCCUGGAAUCUCAAAUAUAUCUUCUAUCAAUAGAGGGAAUUUGAAGGAAGGUCUCAGGAUUGAGGUGCCUGUUAAUUUAAGAAAAUUUCCCGGUGGAAAGUUGGGUGCAAGGAAUUUCCCCCAAAAAUUUUCCACUCCCAAUCAUGGAAGUCGGCGCAAGAAUCAAGUCCACUUUCACAGCGCUCGUGGUCCUCAAGUCCACAGAAGUGUUUUUGAGGAUUUGGCAGGAACCCCCAGUGCACCUCCCAUUGCUGCUGAUGUUGGAAGUGGUGAAGCGACAAGCACCGAGUGUGAAAGUCAGACCAGACGAGAUUCUGAAGAUUCAAGUGAAAUUGAUCAAACUGCCAAUGGAUGCCCAUUGCGAGCACAUGAGGGUCUUGAUGGAUGUAAAGACGUUUUGACAGAUUGGAAACCUUGUUCUCCAGCAAACACCCAAAAUUUUGGAAGAACUUCAACAGGAGCUAAAGAUUCUCAUAUCUCUCAAGUGCAAGCAAACUAUCCAGAUUCUUCAUCCGGUUACAGCACAAGUGGUCAGCAUGCCUGGCAAACGCUACUUGCAUAUGAUGCUUGUAUUCGGUUAUGCCUACAAGCAUGGGAAAGAGGCUGCACAGACUCACCUGAAUUUUUACGCAAUGGGUGCCUGAUUCUUCGAAAUGCUUUUGGGCUACACAAAUUUUUAUUGCAACCUCGGCUGGCACAACCAACAGAAAGGGGGAGGAACACCGAGCAUUCAGAACAAGUAGUUACUUCGAACCCGAAGCAAGUUGUUGGAAAGAUAAGAGUGGAAGUGAAAAAGCUUAGAUUGAUACCAAAGAGGAAACUGAUGAAUACAUAUUCGCAAAAAAGCUCAAUCUAUAUGCGAGCUGGGGCAGAGUAUAUCCGAAAUAUCUCAACUUUCGUGAAAAAUGGCAUAAAUUCUCUAAAAGAGGCUUCGUUCUCAACUACUUCAGAAGAACAAUCGUGCUUAUUUCAGUUGAAGAGUGCUGCAGAAGUCUCUGAUGUGGAGUGUGCUUCUGCUGUUUGCUUGCACCCUAGCAGUGGAGACUACCAUGUCUUUUUCCCUGAGGCUCCAGGAGAUACUCUAUUGCUAGAAAUCCAGGAUGUUAAAAAAGUUACCCAAGGUCGAACUAUGAUUGCAGUUUCAUCCUUGAUCGAUAACACAAAUGAUAGAAUUCGGUGGUGGCCCAUAUACCAUGAUGACCAGGAAUGUGUUGGAAAAAUUCAGCUUUCUAUUGUUCACACAUUGACAAGUGACGAGACUAAUCAUAUGAAGAGUGGACCUUUAGUUGAAACUCUUGCCUAUGAUUUAGUGCUAGAGGCUGCAAUGCGUGCACAGCACUUCUGUUCCACAAAUCUUAGGAUAGAUGGACUUUGGAAGUGGCUGUUGACUGAAUUUGCAGACUACUACGGAGUUUCUAGCUCAUACACAAGGAUCAGAUAUCUUUCUCAUGUCAUGAAUGUGGCAACUCCAACCAAAGAUUGCUUAGAGCUCGUAAAUGAAUUACUUGAACCCAUAAUGAAGGCCAAAAGCGAGAAAAGUUUGACUCGGCAAGAGAGAAGUAUACUACUGGAUUGUGAAACUCAAAUUGAGAGUCUGUUGGCAAAUGUUUUUGAGAACUACAAGUCAUUGGAUGAAAACUCCCCGACGGGAUUGACAGAUUUACUUGGUCCAAUAAAAGACUCUGCAGCACCUGCUCUAACUCCUGCUGUGAAAAUCUACACUCAGCUCCAUGAUAUACUUUCUCGAGAUGCCCAGAAUAUGCUAAGGAACUAUUUUCAGAGAGGGGCAAAAAAGCGGUGUCGAAAGUACAUGGUUGAGACUGAUGAGUUUGUCUCGGGAAACUCUGAAGGUGUUCUCAUUGAUCCAAUUACCAUAUCCACCGCAUAUUUGAAGAUUAAACAGCUAUGUAAACAUAUAGGUGAUGAAAUACAGGCUGAUAUCAAAAUUCAUAAUCAGCAUAUACUACCCAGUUCCAUUGACCUGUCAAACAUCACCGCCGCUGUUUACAGUACUGAGUUGUGCAACAGGCUUAGAGGAUUCCUCUCAGCAUGGCCUCCAUCUGGUCCAUUGCCUUACAUAAAUGAGCUUUUAGUAGCUACUGCUGAUUUUGAAAGAAGCCUUGAAUCAUGGAACAUCAGUCCUGUGCAGGGUGGUGUAGACUCCAGAAAUCUAUUCCACAACUAUAUAAUGGUGUGGGUACAGGAUAUGCAACUAACAUUGCUGGAUCUAUGUAAAGCAGAAAAGGUUCCAUGGUCUGGUGUGUCAACAAAUCAUUCCAGCUCGCCCUUUGCCGAGGAGAUGUAUGAGAAAAUAAGAGACUCCCUCGUUCAGUAUGAAGUAGUGAUCAAUCGGUGGCCUCAGUAUUCACUGAUUCUAGAAAAUGCUGUUGCAGAUGUAGAGAGAGCAAUAUUAAAAGCACUUGAAAAACAAUACAACGAUAUCUUGACACCUCUGAAAGAUACCAUCCCAAAGAGGCUGAACAUGCAUGUCCAGAAGCUAACAAGAAGACAAUCAAUGGCAAUAUACUCCGUUCCUAAUCAAUUGGGAAUGUUUCUCAAUACCAUCAAGAGAAUUCUAGAUGUCCUACAUAUUAGAGUUGAAGGUAUCUUGAAGUCCUGGGCAUCCUAUAUGCCUGUUGUGGGUGACAAGAAGUCACUGUUUGGAGAGCAAAUGAACGGAAUCACGGUUCUUUUGAGGACGAAGUACAAAAACUACUUACAGGCAACUGUAGGGAAGCUCAUAUGCAAUAUGCAAGGCAACCGUAAUACACGGCUGAAAAGAAUUUUGGAGGAAACGAGGGAAGAAGAAGGGGAGCAUGAAGUUCGUGAAAGAAUGCAAAUGCUAAGUUCACAACUCACUGACUCUAUAUGGAACCUGCACGAGGUCUUCACAGGUCCUAUAUUUGUCGCAAUGUGUCGGGGGCUCUGGGACAGGAUGGGACAGAUUGUCUUGAAGUUUCUCGAAGGCAGGAAAGAAAACAGAGUAUGGUACAAUGGAUCAUAUUACGCUCUUGGGAUUCUGGAUGAUACAUUUGCUUCCCAAAUGCAGCGAUUACUAGGAAACGCAGUGCAAGAAAAAGAUAUUGAUCCUCCUCGUUCAGUUGUUGAAGCUCGAUCAAUUCUGUGCAGGGACUCGGCAAAUGCCACUGACACUGCAACUUAUUUAUAUCUCUGAUAGUUUCAACUGGUCUGCCUUCUUCAAUUCAUUUCAAUUCAUUCAUCUCUGAUAAUCUCAACUGGUCUGCCUUCUUCAAC